AUGUGUAUACCCAGCCUGCCUCUCUUCCUCUCUCCACACUUCGACCUCCGCUCUAUACCCAGCCUGCCUCUCUUCCUCUCUCCACACUUCGACCUCCGCUCUCACGUACAGUCUCUGGGUCACGGUGUCUCCGGCUGCAUCGACCUCCGUCUCUCCUCACGGCGCUGUGCGGGUUUUCUCACCAAACGAGGAGGAAAAGUGAAAACCUGGAAGAAGAGAUGGUUCCUGUUCGACAUGGACCACAGACGACUGGCCUACUACACAGACUGCGACGAGAGGAAACUUAAAGGAGUCAUUUACUUUCAGGCCAUUGAAGAAGUUUACUACGACCACCUGCGCACGGCUGCGUCUUCCCCGCGCCCCGCCCUGACCUUCUGUGUGAAGACCUACGACCGCCUCUUCUUCCUCGUGGCCUCGAACCCGGUCUCCAUGAGGAUCUGGAUGGACGUCAUCGUCACGGCAACAGACGAGCACAGCCGCUACUGA